AUGUGCACGCAGGUCACAGUCGUGAUCGACAACGUCAACAAUCCCUCUCUCACCGACGCGGAUGCCUUUGAGGAGGUCGCAAAUGCUCUGGCAAAAGUCGACGGCUUCCCCCUAGCGGUUCUUUUGCCCGCGCUCGACGACGGCUUGUCGCCCGAUGCCGCCGCCGCUGCGGGAAAAGCGGCAGGCGACGCGAUCAUCGCCGGCAAGUCGCCAGAGGAGGCAGCUGAGGCUGGCGAGGCGGCUGGCAGGGCGGCCCAGAAGGCGCUCGACGAUGGCCUGCGCCGGAUGCGGCCAGAGCUGCAGGCGAGGCUGCAGGCGAGGCCAUUCUUGCGGGCAAGUGAGUCGGCGGGCGACGCGAUCAUCGCCGGUAAGAGCCCCGAAGUGGCGGCUGCUGCAGGAGAUGCUGCCGGUAAGGCGGCUCAGAAGGUGCUCGAUGACGGCUUGUCACCCGAUGCGGUGGAUGCGGCGGAUGCGGCGGGCAAGGCGGCAGGCGACGCAAUCACGCCGGCAAGUCGCCCGCGGGGGCAGCUGCGGCCGGCGAGGCGGCGGGCAAGACGGCUCAGGUGGCUCUUGACGCCGACCUCUCGCCUGAGGCAGCUGCGCGACGGGCCCAGCGACGGCCGAAGGAUGACUGGCCAGACAGGCUCGCUCCGCUACAUGGCGCCCGAGGGGGAAAGGCUUCACCGCAGACAUAAGCGCUUCAGGUCGCGCUCUGCAAGCCACACGGCGGACGUCUUCUCGUGGGCGUCGCUUCUCUACGAGAUGGCGGCGCACAAGAAGCUGUACUAUGCGAUGGACGCGCAGGCCUACAUCUCGCAGGCCAUCCCCGACGUGGCGGCGCUCCUCUCGGCCUGCUGGUCGACCUCCCCGUCUCAGCGCCCAGACUUCGCGCAAGUCGUGCCGGUGCUCGAGACGGCGCUCGCCGCUCUGCCCGCCGCAGCGGACGCGCAGCAGGAGGGCGCGGCCGGCGCCAAGGAGGGCUGCAGCUGCGUCUUGGCAUAG